AGGAGGGUUGAGUGGCCAUCAUAAUGGGAGGCUGGGACAUUGCACUGGUGGUCUUGGCUCUACUGAUCAUUCCUGUUGUGACCGCCAAGAUCUAUGACCGCUGCGAGCUGGCAGCGAUACUGGAGAAGGCAGGCUUCGGUGUCUACAGAGGCUAUACCAUUGGAGACUGGCUGUGCCUAGUCCACUAUGAGAGCGGAUUUGACACCUCCUUUGUGGACCACAAUCCUGAUGGCAGCAGUAACUACGGAAUUUUCCAGAUUAAUUCCGCCUGGUGGUGUGACAAUGGCAUUACACCUACUCCGAACCUUUGUAACAUGGACUGUCGUGACUUGCUGAACCGCCAUGUUCUGGAUGACAUCAUGUGUGCCAGGAAAGUGGUGGGGUCAAGGAAAGGUAUGAAGGCCUGGGAUGCUUGGAUCCGACACUGCUCUGGCCAUGAUUUAUCUAGUUGGACUAAGGGGUGUACCAUGCAUGCAAAACCCUACAAAAAGAAAAUUAACUCAUGACUCACCUCUCUCUCUUGAGAGGGAGGUUUUAUUUCCCUUUCUUUUGUGGAUUUAAUAAAGGAUGACAUCCAUAAACAAUGCAA